UUCGAAACCACGUAAUUUACAUAUUCACUUCCAUUUCAAGUUUGUUUCGUUUGCGAUGGCGUAUUUUCCCAGAUGGGGUUUAUAUAAAUAUUUGUAGUAAAGUGUAUGUUAAUUAAGCAGAGGAAACCAUGUCGGUGUCAGAUGGAAGAAUUUUGGGUCCCAAGAACCCUGGCAGUCGUGCAGUCCCAUCAGGAGGCAAAGGUGACAAGAGUCGGUACAUCCGACCUGUGGAGCGCCAGAGGAUGAGACCAUGGCUCAUUGAUCACUUGGAGAAGAAUGAUGUACCAGGCUUAACCUGGCAGAACAGAAAUGACCAUGUCUUCAGAAUAUCGUGGAAACAUGCUGCCAAUCAGUGUUUCAACAUGCAGAAUGAUACCAACCUUUUUGAGAGAUGGGCAAUUCAUACAGGUCGGCAUGAAGAGAGUGAUCAUAAACGGUGGAAAGCCAAUUUUCGAUGUGCACUGAACAGCCUUCCGGAUGUGAUCGAGUUAAAAGAAUAUGGCAUUAAGAAAGGCAGUAAUGCUUUCAAAGUGUACAAGUUUUUAGACGAGAAAGAGAGCAGAGCUAAUAAAGAACACAAGGCCAAAAUGAAAAGAGAUCCUACAUCAUAUGGCGGCUAUGAGUAUGUACAGAGCAGAAAGUACCGGUCAGAUAGUGAUCACGAGGAGACUGCCGAAGCAGUACCCAGCCUGCCCAACCUGUCCAGCCUGUACACGCCCCUGUCCACUGUGGAGAUGGUGGUGGAGACGGACUCCCGUGACGACACACAGGAAGUCGACAUGGACAAUCUGCAAGAGAUCCUCACCGCGGCACAGGCAUCCCUUGAGGCUGGUAUAGAUGCAGCUGCGCUGGAGAAGAUCUCCAUAGAGCAGCUCAGCAAGAUGGGAGACCUGUCAAAGAUGAAGCUGGACAUCCGUAGCACUGGCACAGAAUCUCCCAUCGAACCCAUGUAUGUGUUUGUGUGCAACUGGUGUGAGAAGGUGUUCCCAUCCAAGGUGGAGCUGUUCCAGCACUUCCUGACGGCCCACCAGGAGAGGCUGCUGGCUCAUGAGGAGUACCAGCGCGAGGGCUCCAGUCUGCAGCGGGAGAUUGAGGACCUCGAGAAGAAGGUGCUUAACUUCACCAGGGAGAAAUACAAGUCCAAGGAUUCUGGGGAGGUGAUAGAGGAUGGCCAAGUGGUUGACAUGAGUUCCACCAACAUCAUGACAAGCCAGGACGUGUACAUUGAAGAUCAGGCACUGGACCUGUCCAUGACUCAGACCCCUGCAGUUAAGCAGGAAGAAGCUCUAGAUCUAACCACGGAGGCGGUUGCAGGCAAACAUAAAAUGCAGUUGAAGGCCUCGCAACCAAAGUUGAUAACCAAGAAGCGGAGGUCAGGUGCUCUUGACAUGGACUAUAUCAAGAAAUUCGAUGAUUAUGGGCUUGCUGGGAGACCCCAGACCAAGAGACAGCUAUCACUCGUCACAAAAAAGAAAGAGGAAAAGGAGAAAUCAAAGAAGGGAGGGGUGAAGAAGAGUAGCGAUUCCUCCAAGCAGCAUUCUGUGGAAGACCUGGUCCAUGCAGAGAUUUUGAUAUCACUGAAAAGUGGAGCCAAUGAGGACGAAGAGGAAGAGAUGGAAAGUGAUCCUGAGACUGUAACGGAUGUAGAGGAUGAUGCUGCUGACAAAGAUGGAAGUGUGAAGUCUGAAAAGUCAGCUACAAGCAGCAAAUCAAAUACUGAUGCAGAUAGAAAGCCCGUCACUUGCGGAAUAUGUUCUAACGUCUUUGAAGAUGCAGCGAAAUUGUACGCCCAUGUUACAGAGCACAAAAAUGAGUACAAAUGUGGUAUGUGUCAGACAGUGUAUCAUACUAAAGAUGAAUAUGUCAAACACCUUGGGACACAUGUUUCCACGUCAGAGAGUUCACAGGAUGCAGGGAAAGCAGCAAAGACCUUUACAUGCAGCAUUUGUGAGAAGACCUUUUCUUCUGCUAAACUGCUUGAAAGUCAUAAAGACGAACAUUACACAGUGACACCAAUUAGAACUAGCAAUAAAAAAGUUGCAAUGGUAGUGCACCCAAGUACCUCCCUUUUGACAAGUAAGAAAGACAAGACUGCUGCAUCUUCUGAGAGCAGAGAAGAUCAAAAGCCCGCUGAGGCUAAAGAAGAUGCUAAGGUGAUUGUCUCGUCAGCUAGUAAGUCAGAUAAAGUGGCCAAAAUUGUAAGUUCAGAUGGGGAGGAAAUAUAUGUCCUUUAUUCAGAUAUUGACGAUGGAACAGGUCAAGGUGACAAGAAAAAAGGGAAGACUUCUGAUAAAGCUUUUGAUCAGGAUUCGGUAGAUGGUGACAAACAGACCAUAACUAAAGUUGGUAGCAAUGCAAAAGGUAGCAACAUCUCUGUGAAAGAAAAGGAUGGUCAUCUGCCUGCAUUUUCUGAAAUUGUAAAAGAUGUUGAUGAGUUCUUCAUUAAAGAUGUAAGAUCAGAGAGUGAAUCACAGUCUGAAAAGGACCUGGAGACUGACACAGACGCAAGUAAGACUGAAACAGCAGCCUCAACAUCAGCAGACACAUCAGAAAAUGCACCAGAUAUUUCCUUAGAGAUAUCACCACCAUCAAGUCAAGAUCCACAUGGUGAUUCAAAUCAUUCUGAUGAGGAGGAUAACAGAUGUGUGAUUUGCAUGGAAGAGUUAGAUUCAACACAAAGCCUUAAGGAGCAUAUGAAAUUGCACUCGAUAUUUGAAUUGACAAAUGCCAAAUGCUUUGAAAAGGCCUUGAAAGGCUUGAAAGCUGGAGAGGUCUCAGAUGUGCAUGCAGAUUCUGAAAAAAAGUCCAAGCUGUUUAUAUGCAAACUUUGCCAUGAAGAAUUUGAGCAGUUUUUAGAUUUAAAAGAACAUGUAUCAAAACAUUUAGAAAAGCCAGCUAGUGGGAAAGCAAAAAGAGGUCGCCCUCCCAAAAGGUUUCUCGACAAACCUGAGUCGCCGAAAGCUAAAAGGCAUGAUUCUAAAAUAAAACAGUCAAACAGUGUUCUUGCUGCUGCGCUAAACACUGGCCCCAAGUUUCCAAUUCAGACUCAUUUCAAGAAUGGCAAACCAAAGAAACAUUAUUUGCUCAAUGAAAAGGGAGAUGGCACUCUUAAAGAGGGUGCCAGUCUGGAAAAGAAGUUCAAGGAUGAUUCUGAUCAUGAAAAUGUUGAUGUUGAAAAAGUUGAAGUUUUGACAAAGUCUACAGCUGUAAAGAAAGCAGCAAAUUCUGAUUCAGUGAAAGCUACACCAGUUGCAAUAACACAGAACUUUGCAUCCAAACUUCUGGUUCAGGGAGUGACAUCAUUUUUGAACCAGAAAGAGAAAAACAUUUUUUUUCCCAAUAGUACAUCUAUACCUACGGGGACAACUGCUUCUGCACCAAAAUCUGCCCAGCAACCAACUCUCCAGGUUUUGACCCCAACAUUUCUUCCCAAUGCAGGCGGUGCAGCAUCAGCAAUUAGCAUUGGCGGCAAGGUGACACCAUUACACCAACUGCGGUUCAUUAACACAAGUGACAUAAAAACAGCUGUAUCCCCUCAAGUGAUCUUCUUGAAACAAGGUUCUCCUCUGCCAGUGCAGUUGACCUCGCAACUGAACGCACUGCAUCAAAAUACAAUCGCGGUUUCACAGGUUGCUGGGCUUCAGACCACUACAAUUCCUGCAUCCAAGCUGAGUACCAUGGUUACCUUGCCUAUUGUGUCACUUCCCCAACAACUCAUUGCAAGUACCCUGACAUCAGCAAAACCAAAUUUGGAUCCGUCAGUCAUCGCACCAACUGUAAAGCAAAUGAUAUCCACUCAAAAAUCAGUCCCACAAGUAUUGCCUACAGUGGUACCAGUUAGUAUGGUAAAAACCUUAGCACAGUACGCACCUCAAGUGACAGUUGUGUCCACUCUGAAGGCUGUACCAUCUAUAACAACAAUACCAACACUCAACCUGGCAUCUUUGCAACCAGUGAGGACUACAAUUUCCGACCUUUCUCCAAAAUUUACAAUAUCUUUAGCAGCUCUGCAGGGUCUUGCGACAGUCGAUUUGAAACAGAAAACUGUAAACAUCCCAGUCACGACAAAGGGAGCCACCUACACUGUCCCUACUGAUACUUCACUGCCAACAACCAGAGUUAACCCACAAACUCAGAACAAUCUUCUGAACAUGGUUCUCGCACGAAUGGGUCAGCCAGGCCAGGUUUCGGUCUCAAGACCAAGUAACCAAACGACUCCCGAGACAACAGCCUCAUUACCAGCCUCAGUCUCAUUGUUAAGCGGUACAGCAACUUUGUCGUCUGCACCAUCUGUAAUAGAAAGCGGUGUUGCUGCUUCCUCCACACAGCUGAGCCCAGCGGCACAGGGAAAUGUGGAGACUCCUCUAAAACUGUCCAAUGAGAACAUGCACAAAUCUUCAGGUGAAUUUGGAAAGGGUGUGGUGUUGUUCUCUUACAUCUGCAAAGGGAACCUGGCCUCUCUGGAGGAGUUGACCUCUGACUCCUGUAGCCAGGCAACCACGACCUCCUCUGACACUGUCACCACAGUGUCCACUGGUGCACUGCAGACCUCCCCUACCUGUGCCUCUGACACUUCUGCCAUAGAAACAGUUGCCAUGGAUACCAAGACAGGUGAUUCUGAAUCUACACAUCCAUCUGCAACGACAUCCUCCACCAAUACUGGGAAGAAGACAUGGACGGGACCGAGUCUGAGGUGCCCAAAAUGUCUAUUCUCAUGUGACCAGCCAACGAACAUGUUGACUCACAUGGAGUCUUUUCACGGAGUUAAGUGGCACAAGUGCAAGUACGCAAAAUGUAGUCAGUCCUUUGAUAGUGAACUGGAGCUGGAGCUGCAUUAUGUGGUGUCCCACAACUACGAAUGUAAGAUCUGCUUCCUGCGCAUGAAGAAGUUCCACAUCUACGAGCAUUCGACCAGCCACUGCACUGUGGUCAUAAAGAGCUGCGUCCAGUGUGACAAGUGCAAGGACGUCUUCCUGAAUAUCGACCUGUUCAAAGACCACCAGGAGCACUGCAGGGACUCCAAGGAUUUCUCCAUGGUGAGCCAGAUGCUUAUCAAAUGUCAAGGCUGCACCCUGCACUUGAAGACAAUGAACAUUGUCCUGUCUCAUGUGAAGAAGUCUCACAUUCAGAGGGUCACCUACAGCUGUGCUCACUGCGACUGCAUUUUCCAGCACUGGACUGAUGUGAAGACCUCUAUUGUUGAACACAUAAUGUCUAAGCAUGCCGCGGAGAGCAGUCAGAUCAGGUUCUGUCAUCCAUGCUGUCUAGCAUUUGCGAAUGAAGCGGACUUUGAACGACAUAAAUUGUCUAGUGAACAUGAAAGGGUGAGACAGCAGCAGCUAGUGAAUGAGUCCAACACUGAGACCGACUCGAUAGUUUCCACCGAUGGUAGCAUGCAAGAAAUCAGGACAGUGAAUAUGCUCACAAAGUCGUCUCUGAAGCUUGGAAUACUGAAAUCAAGGAGGAAGCCAUUUCUGAGCAGGUCUUUAUCUUGCAGGGAUUGCCAUUCGACUUUUCGUACGGUGUUCCAGCUGAGACAACACAGGGUGUUUCGACAUGGGGACGUGAUGAAAGGACGAACAAUGAAAGCAUCCUUAUCAAAGGCUGAUUUUACAUGUGAACUCUGCAGCAAAAGCUUUAUGGCAAAGAACAGUUUGAAUAAGCACAGGGAGAAGUGUAUCCUACAGGCAAAACAGCUAUCCCAGACAUUGAUUGUUAGUGAUGAAGAUUGUGGGAAGUCAAAACAAGAUGGAAACAGGCCAGAUAUUGAAAAUUCUUGAACUUUAGUAAUCGUUGAUUGUUAUGCAAUGUUUUAUGAGUGUCCGACAUAUUUGCAGCAUAUUUUUAUUACUUUGAUUCCAUUUCUAUUAGGAUGCUUUUGAAAUUGAGGACUAGAUAUGAAUAUUGUUAUGGUUCUAUAUUUUGUGAAAGGGCUGAUAUAGGAUUUUUGUGUUGUACAGUGUACCCAUAGGUAUUGUUUUAAUUCCUAUUAUUGUGCAUGUAACCAUUUAUGUUAUAGGAUGUUCUAUAAAUUCUAUAUACUUAUGCCAUGCCUGUCUUGUAUAUGAAUCUCAUAGGUCAUAUAUGGGUAGUAAGAAUAAAAUAUUCUCAUUUAAAUGUUUACUUAUUUAAAGAAGAGCGCCUGUAGCAUUCAAAUAUUACUUAUAUUCAGUUGAUAAUAUGUACCACUAAGUCAUUUUAAGAUUUUCUUUUUAUAAUAAUACAUUUGCUUUGUUAUUUUAAAGUGUAAAAUGUGAAGCUAUGCUAAAUAUAUAAUUGUUAAAAUAUUGCAGCCUUUUAAAAUGAUACAUAAAAGCACGCAUAAAAAUGUAUGGAGCAUUUGUUAAAGUGAUAUUAGACUACACAUAAAUAAUCUGAUUGUUGUACGAAAUUUACCUCAUGGAAAAGUGAUGGAUAGUGCUGCAAUAAAUAAGGUUUAGGUUUGUGUUAUUAACUUAUUCAAAUAUUUGCAUUCUAUUCCUGUUUCGUUACUUUUUACAUUCAUUUGCUUACUUAUGGGUCAGAACUAAAGAUAAUGUGAGGGUCAGUGCAGUUUUCCAUAUUUGGCUUCGGGUGUUUCGGGGUCCAUUGUUUUCAUUUGAGUUGCGUUCUGGGCUUAAUGCAUUUGUGUAAAAUGUUGUCAUUAUUAGCCUGUGCAGUUUACACAUGCUUUCUUAGUAGGAACGACAAAUUCCUCUUCUAUGGAAUUUAUUUUUUCAACAAAGUCUGUUCUAAACAAAAUCCAGUUAAGGUGCCAAGUGUUGUACCUAAGUAGCCUAUCCGGACUGCAGGGGCUUAUACGGGUUGCUACUUUCCCACUUUCAAGAAGCGCGGCUGUCCCAGAGCAAGGCUCCUAUAUAUCAGCAUUUAACACUUUGCAUGCUGGGAUAUUUGCCGUCUGCUAAAUUGGUGUCUGCUGAAUUUCUAAAAUCAUAAUUUUCUUCACUUUUUUUCAAUGACCACUAUCAGAAUAGCAAACAGUUUUGUGGCGUCUGAUCUUGAUCCCAAAGGCCUUUAAAAUUCGGUUCCAGCGCUAAAAGGGUUAACCAGCCUGUGUAACCACUCAAAAAUGUCUUCAUGAUCUCAUAAACUCUACCUAGAGCCAUCUUAGCCCUUUGUUUUUUGUUACUAUCACAACCAUUGUAUUUCUGUUAUGUCAUCAUCAUAAAUUAAAACAAUGGUACAUAUUAAAAAAUAUAGUAAUCAAAUGUGUGCCAUUUAAUUUUGAGUAUCAAAUCCUGUUCAUAGGAGUCUUCGGAGGCAUCAAGGAAAUGAGACAGGCCUAUGCUAAUUGCAGUCUUCGGAGGCAUCAAGGAAAUGAGACAGUCCUAUGCUAAUUGCAUUCUACUGUAAUUCUUCUUUGCAUAAACCAUACAUGUAUGUUUUUUUAAAUGGAGCUCAACAUUAAUUCUAAUAAGUUACUUGAUCACAAAUAAUAGUUACCGGUAUUUACACUUAUGAUUAUUCCGUUACAGGCAUUUUUUCAGGUUCUUUGAAGUUCUUGUGUCAUUAUUUGCAUAGUCUUGUGAACAGACUGACUUUGCAUGUAAGUUUUUAUUUCAAGUUUAUAAAUGAUGAACUAUUCUUUACAAUUACUCUAUAACAUUAAACCCUUUACCUCUUAGAAUUGAUAAUGACACAUUUGUAGUCCCUAAGUUAAACUUAAUUAAAUACCUUCCUUCCUAGAUUAAACUUUUAAAGGUGCUAUUUCCAACUCUUAGAUACUGAUGAGCAGCAAACAGCAUAAAACAUGAACAGACUGGGAGUUACUGCACAUAGUGAUUUUGACUUUGCUUCUGAGUGGGAAAGGGUUAAGAUUAUUGUUUAAUUAUUCUCCACCUUAAAUGCUAGUUGUGCAUAUGCUUGCUGAUUAAAAAUUCGAAGUUUUUUGUAUUGUCAGUUGCUAUCAUUUGUGAAGCCAUGUCCAUGUCGUAGAUCUACAUCAUGUGAGGAAUAAAGGACAACAGUAGUGAGCAGCUGUCUGGUAUGCUUGUGCUAUAAGUUUGUUGAACGCACAGGCUAAUCACGGACGACACUUUCUGCCUAGACUAAAGUUUGUUUAAAAGAGACUUCUUUUAAAGGACAAAUAUGAGCCUUGUUCUGAGAAAACUGGGCUUAAUGCAUGUGCUUACAGUGUCAUCCCAAUUUCCGCCGAAACUUGAUUUUUGGUAACAAGGGACUUCCUUGAAACUAAAAAUACCAUAAAAGCGGAAAAUGUCGUCCCUGAUUUAGCCUGUGUGGACUGCACAGGCUAAUCUGGGAUGACACUUUAGCACUUGCAUUAAGCCCAGUUUUCUCAGAACGCGGCUCAUAUAAUUACAGCUGAAAGUGUCGUCCCAGAUUAGCAUUUGCAGCAUUAAGUCGUGUAUUGCCAGAGUGAUGCUCAUAUUAGUUAUUUAAUGUUUUGUGAAGUGACUAAUUAUUGAUUAAUUGAAACUUGCUAUAAGUAAAAUAUAUGUGUAUGGCCUCGAGGGAUUUGGGAAGAGUUGGUAAACGUCUUUGUACAAAAUGUUGUUAAGCCAUGUACAUGCAUAAUUGAAAAUAAAUAUAUAUGUUU